CUCUUGCUCCCUCUCUCUGUUGAAUGCAGUGAAGUCAUAUACUUCAGACAGGGGGUGUUUGCUAUAUUUACGUUGGCUGUACACUCUGCACUGAGUUGUAGAGGAAGAAGACGAGCAGGAAGACAGCAACACGAGCCUGAGCCCACCUGUGUUCACCUAAAAGCUACUACACAAAGAUAAACAUGGCAAACAGAGGUCCUGCUUAUGGUCUGAGCCGUGAGGUUCAGAGUAAGAUUGAUAAGAAAUACGACCCGGAACUGGAAGAGAGGCUAGUGGAGUGGAUCGUUGCCCAGUGUGGCUCUGGAGUUGGUCGGCCUAAGGCAGACAAGACUGGCUUCCAAAACUGGCUCAAGGAUGGAUGUGUGCUCUGUGAGCUCAUCAACAGCUUGUAUGGAGCCAACAAGCCAAUCAAGACCAUCAAAACCUCUGGCAUGGCGUUCAAGCAGAUGGAGCAAAUCGCCAUUUUCCUCAAAGCUGCCGAAAACUACGGAGUCACCAAAACGGACAUAUUCCAGACUGUAGAUCUCUUUGAAGGCAAAGACCUGGCUGCUGUCCAGAGGACCCUGAUGGCCCUGGGUAGUGUGGCUGUCACAAAGGAUGAUGGGAAUUAUAAGGGAGAUCCCAACUGGUUCCAUAAAAAAGCGCAAGAGAACAGGAGAGAUUUUUCAGACGAACAGCUGAGCGAGGGCAGAAAUGUCAUCGGCCUGCAGAUGGGCACAAACAAAGGAGCAUCUCAAGCUGGCAUGACUGGUUAUGGACGGCCAAGGCAGAUCAUCAACAACCCCUGAACCAGAGUGGGGCUUAAACCACCCUCCUUUUGCCCUGGAGAGGCACGUCAGCAGGGAUGGAGAAACUCUGACUCUUACACCGACCGCAAAGAGAAAAACAACCUGACUGUUUCCAAGAAUUAACUGGACCAAAAUAGGGACCAAAGAAAACGUGCAUAUAUGAAACACACAUUUCAAUUGUACAGCUAAAACAUUGUAUGUUUAGAGCUACCCUCUGCUUGGCUCUUUAUGAAAUUUGUGAUACCUUAAAAUCAAAAGUCGCUUAAACUGUAAGAGCUAAUUGAUUUAUUUCUUUUCAGAUCAUUUCAGCACAUUUACAGAAACUAAUCUGUUAAAUCUAGCUUUCACUUCUCUUUGUUCUCUACAUCUACAUUAAAUGAUUUAAUUCCACUACUUUAAAGCAAUUGACAUCUCUUCUGAAGCCUAAAUUGUACAAGUUGGUGCAUUCGAGGACACUCUAGUCUCCAAGUUUUCAGUUUUUAAUGGAUGAAACCACAACAAUAUCCAUUAUUUAUUUCACUGUGUUCUUGUUUGUUUUCCAUUCGUCUGCCAGGGAUGUCCUUCUGGUUAUCAGUUCUUGGAUACCAAAGACUCCUUGAAUGCACCUCCAAGGAUAGUUAGAAAACACAAAUGCCACAAAUGCAACAAUAAAACAACCUUGAAAGCAAUAUCAUGUCAAGGAACAAACGGAGCAAAUUAUUACUUAUUUCAAGCAAGUAGUGAGUCUGCUGGUUCUCUUGAGUGAAUCUGAAGAAAGAGUUGGAAGACGUGCAUGUGUGUGUGUGUGUGUGUGUGUGUGUGUGUGUGUGUGGUGUGCUGUGGUCUCCAGUAAAAGACAGAGUUAGAAGUUAAAUAGGUUAAGUCCAUCCAUCAGCAUAGUCAGCCAUAAGUAAAUUUAGAAAGCGAGCUGCUCAGCUUUAAAAAAGAGAAUAAAAAUCUAAGUAAAAUAUGAAACAGUCAUGUGUGAACCUCAUAAGCUCCACUACUCAAUAUACAGUUAGUAUUUUCUCAGUUAAAAGAUUUCUCAUGAAAUUAUUGGAACAUUUUUUUUGAGUUUUAUAGAUCAUUUAUAAUCACAAUGAAUUUGAAAUAAAGUUUGGUUAAACUUUU